CUUUGGUAGCCCCAGUCGGCCUCAAGCGUCUAAGGUAAACUGUGAUGUGGAUAAGUGGUUUGCCGUGUUAAUUUUUUUAAAUUUUGAUUUUCGUGCAAAAUUCCAAAUUUGUAAUUUGUGUCGGGAAGAAUCUAUUUUUAGUGUAAGUGUACACCUUUAAGCUACAUAUCCACAACACCCUGCACCUUUAAGCGCCUUAUAAUAAAGCACCGCUAAACUGCCCUAGAUUUAAACGCGGUCCGCGUCAAGUGAUAAGUUACAAACCAGUAAGAUCUGCGGUUGUAAACAAAGACGAAGGCACGCGAUCUGCUAAAGAAAGUGAUGUGAAAGCCUGCACCGAUAUUUUAAAGCCAUAAACAAAAUACAGAAGAACGAGAGCAACCUAAAUGGAAUACUAGUAGAAUGAGGAGAAUUCACUCGAAAGUGCUGGCUAUUGUUAUGAGCAUAUUUUUAAUUCAAGCUACCGAUCCACCCUUCGAAAAAAGCACAGAUCCUCUACUACAACCCCAAUACCCAAAGGCGCCAUUUCGGCUAAUCAACUUCAAAUCGUACAUCCUGACACCGGCCAAUGUAGAUAAGUUAAAGUUCACCUUUACGGAUACGGCCAGAAUAGGCCAGGCGAAGAAUUGCGAAGCGGGAUGUCUAAAACAGAACAACAAAGAGGAAGAAGAAAGAGUGAAACUGCUUCAAGAUUAUGUAACUCAAAGUACGGAGACUGAGAGUGAAUCAUCCCAUCAAGCAAUCAAUAAAUUCCUCGGCCGACAGGGAAAAACCAAAUACGAGAGAUUGCUGGAGAAGAACUUCGUGCAACCAUUACUCAAAUUGUACGCCCAAAACUCGACUGAUCCGAAUAACGGAAGAAUAUCCAAGGAGGACAGUCUUGAGCAAAUACACACAGAUUAUAACCAACCCCUGUAUUAUUCGCACCCUCAGGGUGCCAGUGCGAGAAGAUCGGACGCGCAUAUGAUCAAUAACGACAAGGAGCACAUCGGUGAAAUUCUACCACCAAACUAUCGGGAGUCACCCUCCGACUUACCCCUACGAACUUACCACAAUUUUCGCAAAUCUUACGACUUUAGUGAUUUCGAGGCGGUUACGCGUUACAGACAGUCGUCCCCAGUUCACUUCCGAGAAUUCGACUACCCCAUCUUAUCCCCCGACGUAUUCGACGCGAGUGAGGACGUCCGCUUUAAAUCCUCCUUUAACCGACCGGACAAUUACCCAAGACUGUAUAGGGGUCACCGAGACAGCGGUUCCCAAUGGACCACAUUCGCAAACUCGAGAAGGCCGCGAGUCAUCUUCCCAUCGGAUCUUGUAGCGUUUCGUGACCAACAAUCGCCAGAUGACAAUAAUGAUUGGUUGGCCGGCGAUAUCGAUUUACAGGAUCUUCAACAACCUGAAACUAACGAUAGAGAUGACGAUUGCGCACCAGACUCGACGUGUGAAUUCUUCCUAACGUGUUGGAUAAAAGGGGGGCUUCUAGAAGGUCCAUGCGGGGGACUUUUUCGCGGAUGUUGCCAUCAUGGAUAUUCGAAGACGGGCGAAAGCUCGAGCCAAGCGGUCGGUACUCUCGAGGCCCCCCGAGAAACCGCAAAAGCUCAGACUAGCCUUCUCGACCUAACUGAUCGUUGUGGAAUUUCAAGUCGACAACAGGCGCAAAGAAGGAUAGUAGGAGGCGAUGAAGCCGGAUUUGGCACAUUUCCAUGGCAGGCUUAUAUCAGAAUUGGUUCAUCGCGAUGCGGAGGUUCGUUGGUCAGCAGAAAGCACGUCGUGACUGCUGGACAUUGCGUUGCGAGAGCAACCCCUAGGCAAGUGCACGUCACGCUCGGCGAUUACGUGAUUAAUUCUGCUGUUGAACCGUUACCUGCCUACACGUUCGGAGUGUCUCAAAUUCAGGUUUGGUAA